AUGGGCUUUCGAAGAUCCCAGUUCUCGCCAGAUGACCCACCAGCCAAAGACUCGUCACGCCCCAAGGCGAAAGGCGAUGGUGAUACAAAUGCCCCUGCCCCUAGCCAUCGGCAUUCUUCCGUCCUCAAUAGAGAGGGUUCCAUAUACAGCUUCUUCGGCGGCAACGAAGCUGCCAGGCAGGCCAAUAUACGCGAACAAGAGAUAACUUUAAACGCCGCUUUCCGCUACUACCAUCCCGCCAUGCGCUGGGCGAUCAUCAUGGCCGCGCCUAUCAUACUUGAAGGCUACGACACAUCGCUGAUGCCCAACUUUUUUUCAAACAGAGCUUUUAUCGCCCAUUACGGGACCACGACAGAGAAAUCCCCGGGUCAAAAGGUGAUUCCAGCAUGGUGGCAGUCCCUGAUCACCGCUGCUGCUACAAUCGGUCAACUUUUGGGUCUACUUAUUGCGCCAAAGAUUCUCGACAGGGUUGGAUACCGCGUGUCCAAUCUUGAGGGUCUAUUGUGGGCUGCUCUCUGCUUAGUGGUCGUAUUCGCCUCAUCGUUCUGCGGUGGUGAGAACGGUAAAUUGAUCGUCUAUCUCACCGGGGAGUUCCUCAUCGGUAUGCCCUGGGGGCUAUUUCAGUCCCUGGCUCUCCCCUACGUCUCCGACAUCACGCCUUUGAAGCUGAGGGCACAGGCUGCUACCAUGAUCAACAUCUACUGGCUCAUCGGGCAGCUUCUCUGCAGCGGCAUCCUGCGUGGUUUCAUUGUCAUAGGGAAAGACAUCUGGGCCGUUAUCUGGCAUGCUCCCGAUAGCCCGUUGUACCUCGCUCGGCAGGAGAGAUAUGCAGACGCCGCAACUGUUCUGAAGUUCCUCAACCGGGAUCCGUUCUUUGACGCCGAAGGAUCCCUGGAUGCAAUUCGCCAGGUCAACGAGCAUGAAAAGGCUUUCUCCCAAGACAUGGGCUACAUGGCAUGUUUCAACAAGUCAAACCGCCGACGGACUGAGAUAGCUGUGAUGGUGUGUCUGACUCAACAGCUAGUUGGAACGUGUUUGAUAACAUACGGAGUUAAGUUGUUGGAACAAUCCGGGCUCAGCGAGGCCAACUCUAUGGAAAUUUCUAUGGUCAUGUACUGCCUCUGCAUUCUAUCGACCCUGUUUUCCAUGCUGGUGCAGCGACGAUUUGGUCGGAGAACUUUGUGGCUGUGGGGUCUAGGUUUUGAGGUCGUUUGUCUGCUGGUCAUUGGAAUCACUGGGCACUUUGAGAAGCAUCCGAAGUUUCACUGGCUGAUUGCUGGCUUUUUGGUUCUCUUUGCGAUCAUCUACAACCUGACAAUUGGGCCGCUAUGUUUCACAAUUGUUGCUGAAACGCCUUCGACUCGUCUCAAAACUACGACAAACUCACUCUCUCGUGCUGCGUACAUUAUACUCUCGAUUGGGAACCAGUUCCUCGUUCCGUAUCUACUUAGUCCAAGGCCAGUGGGGGUAGGCCUCGGACCGCGAGCAGCCCUUGUGUGGGCGGGAACGGCUACAGCUUGCCUGAUCUGGGCCUUUUUCAGGUUGCCUGAGAUGAAGGACCGUACACCGGCUGAGGUUGACAUCUUGUUUGAGGACAAUCUGCCAACACGACACUGGAAACAUACGAAGCUGGACUAG